UCGUACCCCUCCUCCCCUGUGUCGUCGUCCUCUUCCUCUCCAAAACAGAGAGAGAGAGAGAGAGAGAGAGAGAGAGAGCGAGGAGGAGCGCAAUGCACGACUCCGACACCACUCCCCAAACCCCUAAAAUGUCGGGGGCGAGCGAGGAGGCCGUGGUGGUCAUCGUCGGCGCCGGGCCCUCGGGGCUCGCCGUGGCGGCGUGCCUGGCGGCGCGCUCCGUGCCGAGCCUCAUCCUGGAGCGCGACGACUGCGUCGCCCCGCUGUGGCGCCACCGCGCCUACGACCGCCUCCACCUCCACCUCGCCAAGCGCUUCUGCGCGCUCCCGCUCCUCCCCUUCCCCCGCGACGCCCCCACCUUCGUCCCGGCCCGCGACUUCCUCCGCUACCUCGAGCUCUACGCCGCGCGCUUCGCCGCGCGCGUCCGCCUCCGCCGCCGCGUCGCCGCCGCUCUCUUCGACCCGCCGUCGAGCACCUGGCGGGUGCGCGCGCGCGCCCUCGACACGGGCGCCGAGGAGGAGUACGCAGCGCGCUUCGUCGUCGUCGCCGCGGGGGAGAACUGCGCCCCCGCCCUGCCCGCGCUGCCCGGCCUGGACGGGUUCCCGGGCCCGGUCCGCCACUCGAGCGAGUACCGCUCCGGUUCGGGCUACGCCGGGAUGCGGGUGCUCGUCGUCGGCUCCGGCAACUCCGGGAUGGAGAUCGCUCUCGAUCUCGCCGAGGCGGGGGCAAAAACGUCAAUUGUCGUCCGGAGCCCGCUUCAUAUUUUGUCAAGAGAGAUGUGGCUUCUGGGCAUGAUUCUGACGAAGUUUUUGCCGGUUCGUCUAGUGGACGCAUUCCUUCUUUUUCUUUGCUAUCUGAAGUACGGGGACACAUCAAAGUACGGUAUAAGAAGGCCGGCAAUUGGACCGUUUGACAUGAAAAUAAACACCCCUCUUUAUCCGGUUUUAGAUGUCGGCACAUAUGAUAAGAUCAGGAGUGGAGAAAUUCAGGUUUUACCAGCUGUGUCGAGCGUGAAAGGCAAUAAUGUGGAAUUUUCCGAUGGCAAUUCGUAUCCGUUUGAUGCAAUUAUUUUCGCGACGGGCUACAAGAGCACAAUAAAAGAAUGGCUACAGAGUGAUGAGUAUUUGAUUGGAGAUGAUGGGAUGGCCAAGCAAAAGUACCCAAACCAAUGGAAAGGGAAAAAUGGGCUUUAUUGUGUGGGUUUAGCAAGAAGAGGACUCUAUGGCACUUCAGAAGAGGCUCAACUCAUAGCUGAGGAUAUUAGCAAGGAAUAUAAUAAUAAAUAUAAUAAUAAUGACAAAGGUAACUAGAUAUAUAUAUAUAUGGUGCAAUAAUAAUAAUAAGUUAGAUAUAUGAUGCAAUAAUAAGUGAGAAACUAAUAAAACAUUUAUGAUCAAGUACAAUGGGGAUAUAAAUGUAGUUGUAUGGUGGGAGUGGAUAUGGUUAUGGUUAUAUUUGCUAAGACUAUUUUUAAGUUGUUUCUUUUUAAAUUAUAAGGAAAAACUUCAAAAA